AUGGAAGAAAACAUAUCUCGAAGUCUUCCAGAUCACCUCUCAAUUUUCUCGGCAGAAGCUCUCGCUAUUGAUGUCGCGAUCAAAAGAGCCAAUGAACCAACUGUGAUCUACACCGACUCGGCAAGUGUACUAACGGCUUUAGAAUCUGGAACCAAGCAUCCGAUCGUCCAAAACAUCAUCUAUCAAAAAAAUCUGAAAAACGUUACGAUGGUCUGGAUUCCAAGUCACGUUGGUAUUCAGGGCAACGAAGAGGCUGAUCGACUUGCGAACUUAGGAAGAAAUGAAGGUAGAUACGCUAUAAAUAUUCCAAAAGCGGACGCGCUAAAGUGGAUCAAGAGAAUGUUGAAACUGCAACACGAACGAAACUGGAACAAUCAGCUUAAUAUAAAACUGCGAGAAAUAAAAUCGACAACGGAAAAAUGGAAGGAUAUGAACAACAAGAAAGAGCAGAAGGUCCUUACCAGGUUGAGGAACGGCCACACCAGGAUGACCCACAAACAUCUGAUGGAGGGAACGGAAACACCAGUGUGCGAUGCGUGUGGUGUUCAACUGACGGUAAAGCACAUUAUUAUGGAGUGCUUGAAAUACAACGACAGAAGACAAGUGCUACCGGAAGGCAGCCUGGCGGAAAAACUUGAAAACGUUCGUUCCAAGGAGAAGAAAGUGAUACAAUUUUUAAAACAGUGUAACCUUUUUAGUGAGAUCUAA